AUGAAAGUCAUCGUAAACCAUUGUCAAUAUAAUAUUAUAGCUAUAAAAUCUAGGACGAUAGGAGCUUAUAGUCCACUAAUCAUUCACAUCCAGCAGCAGAAGAUGAAUGAAGAGCGAUUGAAAGUUAGUAGUUUACGCUCUAUAUGCGAGGUCAGUUUAAUGAGAAAUCACCUUGCAAUCACCAACGUAGCGAACGUUCCCUACAGGUUGAUACGCAACGUUCUGAUGAAACUUAAAGUGGAUCACCUAUGCAAGCUGGAAGAAACUAAUGUACUGCUGAUAUUUGAAGAUGAGGAAAUAUGGCGAAAUUUGUUGGCCAUGGACUUCCCAUUACAUGUAGGCGAAGCAUUCCAGCGAAAAAGAGACGAGAUAAUGGCAUUUUAUGUGUCCUUUGUGGAAUUGCACGAUCCAGGUAUCCUAAGAGAUGCAGAUUUAAUGAGGGGCUUUCUGAGAUUUGCUAUCAAAAAAGACCCAGAAUCUCAAAAGUACCGAGUUCCUUCUAGGAUGCUCUAUUUCCAAUACCAAGAGGAAAUGCUACGAAAACAAGAACUGAGCACCCAAAGGCUAAGAAUGCGUAUGCAAGAGCUGCACGACGAAAAGCAGAAAAAUCAAAUUGUUGCUUUAGAAGAUCCAGUUUUUUGUGAAAAGAGAGUCAACUCAACUUCCAAAAUCAGUGAAAGGUCGAGUCCAUUUGUUAAGUCCUUUAAAGAGCAUCAGAAACGUCAACAGCACUUCAAAAGUGGGGGUUUCGACAUUACAAAACGACCUGUCAAACGUGUUGCGUUUGGGGGGCAAGUCGGGAGCCUGGGAGUCCAUAACUGUAGCAAGAACGAGGCCAAAGUUGUUCCCGCUGCAUCAGGUACAGCCAUGACGCAAACUUCUACAGCCGUCAGAAAGCCGACCUAUGUUCGACCCAAGCAGCCUGAUACUCCACCUCGGGCUAAACGUCAAUCCAACGAGCCAAAUCCAUUUUUGAAACGAAGAAAACCCCCAUCAAGGCCAAAACCUCUUAAUGCGUCUACACAGCCUGUACAUUUGCCCCAGGAGAAAAAGCCAGGGAGGGUGAAACUGAAAUCAACAAAAAUAAAGAGAUCAACAAAAUCUAGCAUUUUUACAACCCCAUCUCCACAGGACCAGAUCUUUGACAAAGGAAAAGAUCGUCCGAAUGCCUAUAUAUUCGACAGUCCUCAACGGUGA